UACGUUGCAUGCCAGACGCGGCAGUUUCCGAGGCUGCAGCGGAAAGAACUCGUCGGGCCAGAAACGGAUCACAAGGCACCGGCUCAACUUCAUGAUCCAUCCAACGGCCCGCAUACCCGCAUUGCUGCUGCAUGAGCUUUCGAUCAUUCGCUCUCAUGCGUAUUCAGCACCCUUCGGCGGAUAAUACUCGGCGGGGGUCAAAAUGGGCUUGGUGAAGCAGUGCCUGUUCCCGGAAUGGCGGGGUCUUUUCAAUGCUUGGGUGUGGGGCCAUGACGUUAAAGUUCGAUCUUGGUUAACGUUCAAAUUUAAGCUGCCUCAACAUCAGUUCGAACCGUGAUGCUCUGACCCCUGCGCCUUUGACUCAUCAGCAGGGUGGCCCGAGCUUUUGAGGGUUUUCUUGUGGUUCCCACACACUCCGCUGGGCUAACUGCGAUUCUUUCAGAAAUUUCGACCCCACCAGUGACUCCGACCGACAAUUUCGCCCACCACCAGUACCCCCAACUCACCUCCUUCUCACCAAUCGUCUAACACGUCCUUUUCAUCCAGAAGAAUUGUUGCUUGCGAGGCGGCAAUGGCCUAGAAUCACGGAGGAAAGCGCCGUACGAAAGAACACAAGGCAGUCUCGACGACCUUGGUCGGGGACGACCCGACUUCGCUGGCAUCGUUUCCAUCGCUGCAACCCGCCAUCCUCGCUCUCGCUGUCAACCCGCCAAGGCUCACCAGGCAGGGGCUCACACGACCCCUAUGUAACGAACCCAAACCACAGCAUCAGGCUGAUCUCCCCACAUUGUCACAUCCACAGCAACAAUGUCCUCUCCGCCCGUGAUCAAAGCCGGCGGGGGCUCGGACAAGCCCCAGCGCAAGCCCAAGCCUAAACGGGUGAACAACGUCCGCCGCAUCAUGCACCGGGAGCAGCGCAUCCGCGAGAGGUCUGUAGCGUCCUCGCCACCAGUGAGCGCGCCCGCCGCUCCCGCCGCUCCCGCCACCUCCUCGGGGCCGGUGUGCAAUAAUCCGCAGUGUGAGAAGUCCGACGUCCGUGAUGGGGUCUGCCAGAACUGCGGCCGUGUCAUGUACGAGAGCAACAUCGUCGCCGAGAUCACCUUUGGUGAGACUGCCUCCGGUGCCGCCGUGGUCCAUGGUAGCUAUCUUGCCGCCGAUCAAGGCAGCAUCCGCCCUACUGCCAGCGGGCCCGCCUUUCGACGCGUCCCCGGUGCUGGCGGGAGCGAGGCCCGCGAACGCAGCCUUAGGGAGGCGAAGCAGAUCAUGAACCAGUUUGCGCACCAGCUGCGCAUACCGCUCCACCUGGUCGACAAAGCCCACCGGUUGUACAGGGCUGCGUCGACCAGCAACUUCAUUCAGGGCCGACGCAAGCACACGGUGGCUGCGGUCUGCCUUUACGCCAUCUGCCGGAAGGAGGAUCACAACAAGGUCAUGCUGAUUGACUUGGCCGACAUCAUCAAGACGGACGUCUUCUUGCUCGGAAAAAGCUACAAAGACCUGCUCAACUCUCAUCCCAACCUGAAAGAGGGCACCAAGCCGAUCAUCAUCGAGGAUCUCAUCUUCCGCUUCGCCAGCAAGCUCGAGUUCCUCCACGACACCAACAAGGUGGCUCUCUCAGCCGUGCGCAUUGCCCAGCGCAUGCGCCAUGACAACAUUACCCACGGCCGCCGGCCUGCCGGCAUCUGCGGUGCCGCACUCAUCAUGGCUGCCCGCGCGCACAACUACCGCCGCACCGUCCGCGAGGUGGUCUACAUCGCCAAGGUUACCAUGGCCACCCUGCAGGAGCGCAUGGAGGAGUUCGCCAAUGUGCCCGCGGCCCAGAUGACGGUCGCCCAGUUCCAGGAAGCCGAGAGCUUCCCCGAGACCUCACACGACCCGCCGUUCGUCUACAAGCAGACGAAGGAGUGGCAGGAGAAGCAUCCGAAGAGAGUCAGAAAGAGGAAGCGGAAGGCGAAUGAAGUUGACCCUGCCACGAGCCCGUCCGGCGAAGGAUCGGAGGAGCAGGGUGCUGCGAAACGGCAGAAGCUGGACUCGAACGAGUCUCAGCCGCCCUCUGUUCCCAUCGACCCGGCGCUCCAAGAAGCCUCCACGGAGGGAGCAGCGCCGUCGGCGCCGGAACCGCACGGGGAAUGCUCAUCCGCACCUGCUGUCAACGACAGUGGCGCUGGCGUUCGUAUACGCAUACCGACUGCCGAGGAACUCUCCAUUGCCAAUGCUGCAACGGCAGACGUUGAAAAUCAGCUCGAGGAACUGGCAGGCGAGUUUGGGGACCCCCAGGAUGAGGAAGUAGAAGAGGAGCUGGACCCGAGCAGCGAGAUGGCCAUGGCGGCGGCACAGGGGAUUCAAGUCCCGGGCAUGGAAAAUAUGAAGAUCAAGCCGAGAAAGGACCCUUCGACCACAAGCCCCGGCGAUGGGUUUGCCGCGGGCAAAGGGAGGAGAAAGCCGAAAUUGACUAUCGACGAAGCAUGGGAGCAGGAGGAGAACGAGCUCGAACAGGAGAUGCAAGGCCAUCUGAACGAUCCUGCCUUGAUCGACGCGUCCGCACUUGUUACUCAAGAUAUCGAGCGGCGGCGCGAGCAGCGGUUCGCUGCCCAAACGGAUUCACCUGCUAUUACGGCGGCGGAGACGACCACCAACCAACUCGUUCCUGACCCCUCGGACCCCCGCUUCACGCCCAUCUCCAAGGUUUCGGAUGACCCCAUCGUGCACGAGGACGAAUUCAAAGACGACCCGGAGGUCAUGUUCUGCAAACUCACGGAGAAAGACGUGAUGAUGAAGGAGAUGAUCUGGGUCAACCACAACAAGGACUACUUGCGCAAGAUGCAGCAGAAGAUCUUCGAAGCCAAGACGUCCAAAGGCAAGCCGGUCAAGCAGAGGAGCGGGCGCGCCAGGAAACCGCGCAUCGGAGAAGGCCAGGCCACGCCCGCCAGCUCCGCCGCCGAGGCUGCGCAGAACAUGCUGCGCACCCGGGCCAUCAGCACCAAGCUGGACUACCAGCGGAUGGGCAACCUGUUCGAGUUCACCAAGGGCGGCCCUGGCAGCACGUACGGCGGCGCCAGUUCGGUCGGCAGCCGCAGCGCCCUCCCCAGCAGCGCGGGGAGUGAUGUCGAGAGCGACGACGAGGGCGGCUCGGAUGCCGACGAGGCGCAGAACCAGACGUCAGCAGCCACCGCGGCGGCGGCCGCUGCUACCGCGCGAGAGAAGGCCGCCAGGGCGCUUGCACCGCCCGACGAGGAGGACGAAGACGAGGGCGAGGGCGACCAGGAGUUUGGGGGCGAAGACGACUUCCAGGACGGAGAGGAGGAAUUUGACCCGUUCGGAGAUAACGGCGGGGAGGAUUACUAGGAGUGAAGCGGCGCUGAUAUUGCGCAGACCAGCCAUCUCUUCCGCAUUCAUGGGCUAAGAUCUGUAAGAACACAGGUUCUGGGAUGGCUGGCAUGUUUUUCCGAUAGAGGAGAUGUAGGGUAACCACAGGGUAGCGUGGGCGGCAAUCUUAACGGGGGUCUCUUUCAAUUCAAAUCCAUCAAGCUAGGAUGAGCAGCUGGUGUCCUCUCUGUCGAAUCUGGGGUAGAAAGGUUGAGCGAUGCCCAUUUCCCCCGUUAAGAAACACUGACUCUAUCGUUCACAUCACUGAGGGUUCGAAGUAUCGGUGACUGGCUCAAUUCCA